AUGCGUCUGCUCGCAUCGCUUCUCAUUCUUCCGUUCGGUGAGUAUAGAAAAAGACAUGAACUAGAACUAGCUCGAUCAAAAAUAUUUCCUUUCAUUUGCCUUUCCGAACAAGACUUACAUGGGUGGAAAGAUCUUAACGAGAGGGUUCCAAACGUACCUUUGAAACACCUUUGUUACUUAUCUGAAACAUGAUUCAUGUUUUUCAUUUAAGUAAAUUUAGUUUGUGCAAUCAGACUUUUAGAUGAACAUAUCUGGAAUCCUCUUUUUGAGAUCUUGUUACCAAUUCCUCCAAGAAUGGCUUCUGACCUUGCAGCUAUCAUCCAGUAGUGAUAAAAUGAACGUCUCCUAAGCAUUAGAAAUCCCUCCUGAACUCAUUAACAGCAAGUUCAGCUUCUUCGCCUUCUUUACCUCAUUCCACCCGAUCCUGUCACUCAUUUGUCGCAAUAACGGCGCCAAAAACAUCACAAAAUGAGAGAGCGGCAGGUGACGGGCGGGAAUGCUUGAUGAAUGCGUUCCGCUUCCUGCCGGCAUCUUCGUCGUCGUCGCCGCGAACACGAUUUGUCAUAUUUUAUGAGAACUUGAUGGGGUGGACGAGGUGUCCUUCGUACUUUGAUUGGCACAGUUCAUUUCCGCAAACAUUCGUGCCUUGUUUUCAGUUCUUCUGUAUGCGAACGGACAGAGUGCAAGCAAGUUGGCAGCAAUGAACAAUGUGAAAAUGGACGGAAAGGAAGUGGAUCGGGUAGGGAAGACUUUUGGGGGGCUGAUGAGACAUCGUCAUAUUUCAGCUACAACAAAUGCACUACGGAUGGUACAUUCAGGCGGUCAGCUCGCUUCUCGGCUCUGUCGGAAAGCAGUUGUACAUGAAAAUGAAGAAGUGAGUAAGAGGGAAGAAACAGGGAGAAUGUAAAUCAAUGAAAAGAAAUGAUUGAGGAAGACCAGUUCGGUUGGCACUUUUAUGGGUUUUUCUCCCGCUUCUAUUCUCGUUGUGAUUGCGAGAAUGAUAAGCGGAUAGUCCGGAGGGAACAAUGCGUUGUUAACGACGUAAGAAGAGUUUCGGGAUGCCGAUGCAUUCGACACCUGCACUUGUGAUCUUGGCGGCGCAAAAAAAAGGGAAAUGAGGGAUGAUACCAAAUAUUUACAAUUUUAGAUCCCAACGUCGCGCAUUUGUCGCUUGCCUUGAUUCGAUCCAAAAGGAGUACGACGUCAAAUCGGGGGCCAAAUGUCUCGUAAAAGCGUUCGACGGAAAAUUGGAAGAAGCCUACGGAGAAAUGGCGCUCGACCCGAAACUCGAUUUUAUUGACAAGCAAGACACGGUGCCCAUGAGCAAACUGGACAUCAGAAAGCUGAAAAUGAAAAAGAUCGAGAAACAGAUCGUACAGAUGGAAGCCAAAAAGAAAGCCAGAAAGAUCAUCAACGGAAUCCAGAAGGAGAAGAUUCGACUGGCGAGAUUCAGGAAGAUGCACAGAAGAAAGUUCUCGGGAAUGUACAAAAUGACUCCGAAAAUGAAAGAGAAAAUGGUUAAGAUCAACGCGAUGAAGUACAGAAGAAGGAGAAUGAAGAGAAAUAUUCUGUCGCUUUACACAAAUGUGAGUCAAUUGAAGGAGUUCAUAGAAUGAGAGGGGAGUUGCAGAAAGAAACUGAGGACGAGGCGAGAAGAAUCGACGCGUUGGAGAAUCCGUUCCGAGUGAAGAAGAUGGACAGAAUGCCGGAUCUCAAGGAGAAGCAGAAGAGUCCGGUGACCGCACUCACCAAUAUGAUCAGAGAGUUCGCACAGAUUAAAGCUCCGAAGAACAUGACCUCCAGCUACAGUAACCUCAAGAAUGUACGCUUCCCUCCGUCACACAGACUUCUGAAUAUCCGAUGAUUUCAGCUGCAAGACGCAGUGUUCGGUGCUCGCGAGAAGAACCGUUUCAAGAACAGAAUGCUCGAUAUGGUCAUCGGGAAGAAUCAUCCUUUGAGACAGAUGAAGUCGUUCACAGACAGAGUCCGCGACAUCACUCCGGAAGGAAUGAUCGACGAGAAUGUGUACGGACUGGUCGACGCUGUGCAAAAGCAUAACAAGGACACGAAUGCCAACUUCCUCUCGCCCCGAUUCCUGCCGAUUAUGCCCGAGAAACUGAACACCAAGAAGUGGGUUGAUAAAGAGCAUAAGUCAGAAGAACUUUGAAGUGUUUCAGACGCCUUCUCUCUCCGGACAUGUUCCCGUUGUACAGGGACGAAAGCGACAACAGCAUUCUGCCGAUUCCGACCAUGCUCGAAAAGGCGGGUUUGGGGGACCAGGACAGAGAUAAUGUGCUCGAAUUGGUGAUGGAUAUAACUGGAGUGAACAACGCCGUCGACGAUGCGCUGGAUCUUGUUAAAGGGCUCAGGAAGCAGGGGUUGGACAAAGAUCUCGUGGACAUCACCUCGCUUAUUGAUCAGGUAAAGAUAACAUCACAAUUGUGUUUCACUUCCUCGCCAAAAAAAAUCUAAUCUUAGUUUUUUCAAUUCUCGAAUAUGCAGUUACAUCACUAAUUUUCACUUUCAAGGUCUACUCGACAAUCUCCGGCACUCUCACAGCUCCCCAGAACCUGGACAUGGCCAACAAAAAGUUCUCGUUCAUGAACAAAGCCCAGAUGGAAACCCUGUACGGAGAGAAAGGAAUCUACAAUACUUCAGUCACCGACCUGCCAUUCGAUAUGAAUGAAAUCAACGAUAUGUCUUCCGAUGAGAAGGAAGAGUCCAUCAGGAUGACGAUCAGAGAACUGGCGAAGGGAAGAGGAGUGCAGGGAGCAAAAGGAAAACGGUCCAAGAGACAGACCAUCUCAUUGCUCGGCGGCGCUUACAGAGUGGUCUUCCUCAGUCCGACCGUCUUCUCGCCGAUGGCGUUUUCUCCUACUAUCAACACGUUGUCCGUGUUGGGCCCUCUGGUCAUCUCCCCUCAGCUCUUCUGUCCAAGUGUCCUCUCGCCGCUUCUCAUGUCUCUUCCAGUUAUAUCUCCACAGGUAACAGCCUCAGGAGGUUCGAUUCAAUCACUUCCUUCCAGGUCGGCAACCCACUGAUCUUCUCCCCGUACGUCGUCGGCCCAAACGUGCUCUCCGCGGCCGUCUUCAACGCCUACGUCUUCUCGCCGUACGUGCUCUCGCCGAACGUGAUCAAUCCGUACGUGCUGUCGCCGCUGAUCCUCUCCCCGUUCGUCCUCUGCCCGGACGUCCUCUCGCCGACCAUCCUCUCCGGAGUCGUGCUCUCUCCGUCCGUCCUCUCGCCCUCUAUUUUCACGGAUUCCGCUCUCGCGGUCAACGUGCUCUCGCCAACAUUCCUCUCCUGA